AUGAAAUACAAUGCGCUCAUAACAGUAGUGUUGGUAGUAAUUGGCUUGAUAGCCAUUGCUACGGCUGCACCUCAAGCUGUAAGUGCUAUCGAUGGGUCCACACCCACUGCCGCCCCUGCUGGACAACCGGCUGCACCAUCUGCGAUUUCAGGUACGACAACCCCUACAUCCCUCGCAACAUCUCCCGCAGCCACUCCAGCAGUCCCAGUUCCAUGCAUUCCCAAUCCAACAGAUGCUUCUACUCCGACAUGUUCGGACACUACUACAUACUGCGAUCUACCUAGCGGACUGUGCCAGCCGAAAAUUACACUCGGGCAAGCAUGUAGUGCUGACGUCAAUUGUGAAUCAGGUUAUUGUGGGUCAGGUGUAUGUGCUGCCUCACCGAGUUCAAGCAGUAAUCAAAGCAUUCAUAUCGUGAUGAUAAUUGGAAUAGUCAUUAUUACAGUUAGUUUCAUUGGACUGUUAAUAUGGGCUUGUCGUGCAAGACAAAAGAAACGUCAGUCGCAUACUCGCAACAGUAGUGUCACAAAGAAAUCGGCUGGAGUUGCUCCUAGUCCUUCUGAUGACUCACUGACAUUAGAAAAGAAAAAGAUGACCCAAUUCAGUAAUCCGUCUACAAGAUACUUGAGCAGUGACCCAAAAGCUCUUCCAACUCAUUAUAGACUCAGUUUGGGUGAUGUAUUGGAUUCAUUUAAUGUAAAUCUUAGUCCGAUACCGGAAAAUCCAUCAGCCGAGGAAUCAACCGAGGAAUCUUCCGAGGAAUCCGAAGUACCCUCACCAACUUCGACUCUUGUAUCUCCACAAGCUGCGCAUUUGUCCGAGAAACGUACGAGCACUGGGUGGUCAUCAGUGGAUACGAUGAGUCUCAUGAAUAAUAAUGUUACUCUUCGCGACUCGAGUACGCUUGGUGAUACAUUGCUAGAUGAUGUGUUGAUAAGUGACGACAGCAAGUCCGAGAAAGGCUCAGUUUACGUAGUAUUUCCCAUAACGAACAAGCAGCAGGCUCAGCAGCAGCAAGACGACUUGGUAAAGUCGGUAAAAAAUCUAAAUGCAAAACAAGGCGGAAAUACACGAGAACGGUUAGCGUUAAGAUCACGCCAUCCCAAUAAUGCAAGGGCUUCUGUCAUAUCGUCUGCAAGCAGUCAAACCGAAUUUACAACCGACAUUAUGUACGGACUCGACAACUAUAUGGACGCUAAUGGCCUGGAGUCAUCCCAAAAUUCUGCGGGUAGAUACAAAAUGGCCUCGAUAUAUUCGACAUACUCUAGAGAUUACGACAUAUUCGCUAAUUUGCCUGACCUUCCCUCUCCCAAAGUAAUCGGUUCUUAUCCGAUUUCGGGAUCGCCAGACUCUCGUGUUGGAUCCUGGAAUAGUAAAUCACUGGGAGUGAUUGAUGAGAACUCCACCGAAGAUACUUGCAUUGAAUCCGUCUGUCCCCGAGCUUCGACCUACACAUUGAAUGUUCCAUUUAUCAAAAAGCUGUGUGAAGAUACCACGUCUGUACCACUACCAGCCACUAGAACAUCAGUAAUUUCCAAUUCUGUAUAA